AUGAAUAACCACCUCAGCCCGCGCCCGGGCAGCCACCUGACAGAUAUAUCGAUAUGCCGGGAUUUGCCCAACAUCGAGGUGAUCACAUUCAGUGUGAACGGCAUCUCGGACCUGGAGCCGCUGCACCAGUGCCAGAACCUGAGCGAGCUGUACCUGAGGAAGAACAACAUCACGAGCCUGGAUGAGCUGUUCUACCUGAAGACGCUGCCGCGGCUGCGGGUGCUGUGGCUGGCAGAGAACCCCUGCUGUGGGCCCGACCCCCACCGCUACCGCAUGACGGUGCUGCGCAAUCUGCCCAGCCUGCAGAAGCUCGACAACCAGGCUGUGACGGAGGAAGAGCUGUCGCAGGCCCUGGUGGAUGGCGUGGAGAUCACRGCCCCGCCGGCGCGGAGGAACGUGGAGAACGGCUGGUCCGAGAGCACCGCGUCCAGCGCUGCCGGAUCCACCACGGAGCCCGAGAGCGAGCUGCUCAGCUGCAGCCUGGACGAGACCAACAAAACUCAGGAGGAGCUUGAUAUGAAGCUUGUUCCCAGGGAWAAAUACUCCUUCUCCCCUCAAGAGACAGACUGCAGCCACAAGAAGAGAAACAACGUCCUGAAUGCCAUCCUGCUCCUCAUGAAGGAACUGGACGUGGAGGGGCUGGAGAUCAUCCAGCAGACGGUGACGAGGAGGCUGCAGGCCUUCCAGAAGAAGGAGCUGCAGGAGGAGUGACAGCGCCCAUCCCUGUUCCAGCCUUCCUGGAGCCCCAGCCCCAUGGCGCUGUCCUGCCCCUACAGCUCUGGCUGCAGCCAAAGCCCUGCUCUGCUUCCCGUACCAGGGGCUGGGCUGGGAUGCUUCUUCUCUGGGGAUUUGCUGUGUGUGCAGCAGGCUCUGUCACUGUUUGGAUCCUGCUGGGGCUCCUGGAUGGGAGCUGCAGGCAGAGCAACAAAGCACAAGGGAGCAGGGCUGCAGCCAGAGGUGCUGUGUGAUCCAAGGGGGAGCAGAGCUACUGAGGGCUGGGAAGGUCUCCAAUCCUCAGCCAGCCUGGRGGUGCACAGCACUUCUGAGGGCAGUUUGUACCACAGAGAUUUGGUUUGGUGACAGGGAGACAUUGCCUGAGAUGGUCACCARCAACUGUCUGGUGCAGGUUGUGAAGGUCAAUGUCCAGUUWYUAAUUUAUUUUCCAGCUCCUGGCUGACUUCCUCAGGUCCAUGCUGGCGCACACAGCGCCUGCUGUGAUGGUCAGGCAGCCCAAAGGAAAGCUCAGAGCAGCYCAGAGGAAAGCUGGGAGCAGCYURGGUGAACCAGAAAUGACUCCCACAUCCUGAAUGCUCAGCUGUCCUCUCACCCCAACAUUCCUUGCAGGCAUUGAAGCAGCUUAAGGAAACAUCCCAGUUAAAAGGCCCUGAGAGUUUCUGCCUGCUUUGCACAGCCAUCAGGGGUGGGUGUUGCUCUUUAAUUGAUAAAACUGCAUUUACCAAGUUUUAUAGAGCUGUUAAAUACAAACUCAACUGUUGUGACAUACCAAAUAAACCCAAUUAUCCCUCAA